AUGUCUGCAACUCGCGCAAUUACUCCGGCGGAAAUCAGCCGUUACGGCCAUCGGCAUACGCCGUGGCAGCUCGGAAACUCUCGAACACGAGCUGACGCCCAGAUUUCCGUACAUGUGCACUUCGCGCGGGUUGGGAUGGAGGCUGGACCAGGCCCGGCUGGGCGGGCACGUCUUCCCCGACCGCGUGCAGUUCAAGCUGCUGAAGCUCUCGCGCGGCCUGAUCUCCGACGUCGUCGUGCUCGUCUUCGUGGGGCUGAGUUCGAGUCUCUGGACCACGCGGUGGAUCACCAACAUGCGCGUGUUCCGCAUUGUGAGUUUCCCGAUUCCCCCAUGGCUCCCGUGGACCCCGCUGCAACCGCGGAGCUCGCAACUGUGACGCCCGCAGCCUGGGCAUCUAACCCCAAGCCGAAAAAUUCAGCUGGUCUGUACUCCAGUGCAAAGCUGACACUCCAGCCCGCCGUGUGCUUCUACAUCCUCGCGAUCCCCGCCUCGCUCAUUGCCUGGGGGCACAAUAUCGCCACGGCCAUCUUUGUGCGCAACAUGAUGCGCGAGUUCACCGGGGGCGCGUACGUCGGCACGUACGGGAAUGCCGUGUGGCUCACACUGGCCGGAACGGUGAGUACCUCACACAUUGUUAUUCUCGAUGGAUGGCAGCCUCAGGGCCUCGAGCCCCGGGCCUCGGGGCGACGGAGAUCCCAAGACCAGCCCGAUAUCUGA